CCGCCACGCCCCGAUCUCCCGCCCCCGCCGCCCCGCGCUUCCGCCCCGCGCUCUCCGCACUCCCGCGCCGCCUCCGCACAGCGCCCCGGGCUGCUCCGCGCCGCGGCCAAGCGCCAAGAUGGUGGUCCUCUCCAAGGAGUACGGCUACGUCAUCCUGACAGGGGCUGCCAGCUUCGUCUUGGUUACGCACCUUGCGGUGAAGGUGGGGAAGGCCCGCAAGAAGUACAACGUGGAGUAUCCAACCAUGUAUAGCACAGAUGCUGAACACGGGCAUAUAUUCAACUGCAUCCAGCGCGCACACCAAAACACAUUGGAAGUUUACCCGUCCUUCCUGUUCUUCUUAGCCACUGGUGGAAUCUACCACCCGCGAAUUGCCACAGGGCUUGGCAUUGCCUGGAUCCUCGGGAGAGUCCUCUACGCCUAUGGCUACUACACAGGAGAUCCUAAGAAAAGGAUGAGAGGGGCCUUUGGUUCAGCUGCGCUCAUUGGACUGGUGGGGACAGGGGUACAUGCAGCUUUCCAGCACCUCGGCUGGCUCUGCCAGGACUAACUGAGCACCUCCAUGACUGCCUGAGAAACUGAAGAGAUUUUUUUUUCCUCUCUCAAAACAUUUCAUUUCUAAUCUGUUCUUUUUCCUCCUUAUCAUUAAAUAAAAUGAAGCUGUCAAUUCUA